GUUGGGAUGGAGCUUAACUCUUUAAAGGAGAGUUCACAGCGUGUGGGAAAGUUGGUAGUAAAAGUGCCACGUCUUCCUGGGAGGUUGGGGGGAGUCCUAAACUUACCCGGGGCUGUUGCCGCUUUCGGCACCUUUUUAACUCUAUGAAGUCGGGGGCCCUUUCUCUGCUUUGGUAACAUGAGUUUUUUCUUGUGGAACGCGAUCUUGACACUGUGGGUCACGGCUGUGAGUGGAGCUUUGAUCCCUGAGCCAGAGGUGAAAAUCGAAGUUCUCCAGAAGCCGUUCAUCUGCCAUCGCAAGACCAAGGGAGGAGACCUGAUGUUGGUCCACUACGAGGGCUAUUUAGAAAAGGACGGCUCCCUAUUUCACUCCACUCACAAACAUAACAAUGGCCAGCCCAUCUGGUUCACCCUGGGCAUCCUGGAGGCUCUCAAAGGCUGGGACCAAGGCCUGAAGGGGAUGUGUGUGGGAGAGAAGAGAAAGCUCAUCAUUCCUCCAGCCUUGGGCUACGGCAAAGAAGGGAAAGGCAAAAUCCCCCCAGAGAGCACAUUGAUAUUCAACAUUGACCUCCUGGAGAUUCGAAAUGGCCCACGGUCCCAUGAAUCAUUUCAGGAAAUGGAUCUGAAUGACGACUGGAAGCUCUCUAAGCAUGAGGUUAAAGUAUAUCUGAAGAAGGAGUUUGAGAAGCACGGUGCAGUGGUGAAUGAAAGUCACCAUGAUGCUUUGGUGGAGGAUAUCUUUGAUAAAGAAGAUGAAGACAAAGAUGGCUUUAUCUCGGCUAGAGAAUUUACAUAUGUGCAUGACGAACUGUGAGGGUGCACCUGCCAUUGUAUAGCAUCCAUCUGUAAAGGGAAGACGGUACCUUUAAAGAAAGUUGUAGUUUUGAACAACAUUCUGUUCUUGCUUUGUUUGCUUUCAGUUUUAUGUUAUUUUCUGUUAUUUAAGAAACCCCAUAGACUUUGUAAAUAUCCAUAUCAUUCUUUUAAGUUAUUGGGAAGGAACAGUCAUCUUUGAGUAGACUUCUGGGCCAUUCCAGGUUCACACGAAGCUUGUCUGCUUGCUUCCUUCUCGCAGCAAUAUUUUGCAGCUGGAAACAUGCCACAACAAACGGACAGGUUGUAGCACAAGUCAGCGCCCCAGGGCUUGCUCCUUUCAGGUAAUAAUGAAGUUUUUUCUUUACCUAUCUUUGAGUCCCUGCCUGAGGAGGCAUAUAGUAGGCCUCAUUCCUGAACAGUUAUGGCCUCACUGUGGAGAUGUGCAGUGUUGGGUGAUUAAUGGAGUUGGCAGCUCGUGAAUAGAUGUGCAUUGAAACCUUCUGCCCAGACUGCAUAGUAGCUAAUGGCCUAGUAGAAUAAGUCAGACAAAUCAUUUAUGUGUUUGUUUCCUUGUAAUCAAUGAUUCAAAAUAUGGUGGGCCUGGCAGAGUGUUGUAUUUAUGGUCAAUGUUUACUUUUAAGGCUUCCAGAUUAGCCUCUUGGUUCCUCACUCAAUUAAGUUUACAGUUAGUACAUUAUUUCACAAUAACAGUGAAUUAUGAGAGAAGUUAGUAAAUCAACUAGACUAUUCCCAUUUCUGACUCAUUGAAAAGGAGGCCGACCCAUACCAACUUCUAUCACUACUCAUCCUGAGUUUGAAAAUGGACUUUUUUCAUUUUCUCUCAAAUUGACUUGUAAAAAUGAAGACUAAUUCUGUUUUUAAAAAUUGAUUUUAAUCAAAUUGACUGUUCUCUUAAAUACUUACAGCAGACUUCCCAGAUCUCCAUCUGUUAGACAUAGGUUCUCAUAGUUUAUAAAAAUGGGUCACACGCACUGUUGUCUGACUGUUGUUGUUCUGACACCUUUGGGAAGCUGCUGGGUCUGAUGGUACCGCUUUACAGAUGAGAGGUGCUGUUCAGAGGUGACGGAUAAGCCCAGCGCUGGUGGUUAAGCUGCAGACGCAUCUUCAGUCCCUGAGUUCACUUUUCUACUUCUGUGCUAAGGAAGAAGCAGCGAGUUUGUAUGUAUCAGUUGGGCCCCAUUUCCCUUCGCACCUUUACCUCUGGGAACAGUUCCUGACUGAUCCUGGCAGAUCCCAGCUCUCCUCGGGAUUCAGGAAUGCCUGUGUUCUCAUAGAAUAAUCUUCAUAUUUGCUCCCAGUGAGAGGGGUCAGGUCUUAGUUCACCCAUUCCCAUCCCCUCCUGUUUGUAGAAGUUAGAUGACUUCACCACCUACACAUUGACACUUUCCUAGCCAAAGCAUGUCAUUGGGAAGACUAUACUCCAGGACCUGUUCUUGAAGAUGUCAGGUAUAACCGUGAUUGUCAGCACUGCCUUUUUCUCGACCUUGGGAGGUUGUGGAAAGGCCUGCGACUGUCUUGAGAGGACAGUGGGGUAUCUAGAAGCCUGCCUUGCACCGAAGCUGCAACCACCAUCUGUGUUGGAACAAGGAAGGAGAAAGAAUCUUGAUUAUUCGAUUGUAUAAAUUUGUAUUGGCCCUCAGCUAAACAGUCAAACAAGUGUGAAAGAAAGACAUGCCGGUAAUAAUGGUUAUUUAAGCCUUCCUCCUUUUGUAUAGCAAUAUCGUUACACCCUCUCAUUAGCGGGAAUAAUCAAACACCAACUGUGACUUCACAUAUAUGUCAUUUGACUCAUAACUGUUCCAUGUGUCAUAUUUAAAUUUCUAUGUCUAUUGUGAUACUCCUUUUGCAAAUAAAGUUUAUUUGGGAAAUAA